AUGGCACCAACCGCGCACGAACCAGCCGACUGUCAAACCGAUAAAGCACACGGGGCUCACAAGCGCCGCGCCGAAAAGACUAAACCCAGGCUGAACGUGCUACCCGGGCCGUACUUCGCCCGUACGUUUCCGAUAUGCCGGCGUACGCUAGAGCGGCGGCCGUCGCCGCCGCCGCCGCCGCCGCUGCCGGACGGUGCCCGGCACCCAGCGCCGCCGCCGUUGGGCAUCAUCGCCGCCGCCAGCUGCACAGUUGCCACAGAAGCAGCGCAACUGCCGCCGUUUGACGUACACCGUGUCGUACCGCUGAUGACAUCGGCGUUACCUGGUGACGACGCCACCGCUACGGUGGCCGUAGCAGUAGCAGCAGCAGUAGCCCCCGUCGGGGGCUGUUGCGUGUGA